GUCAAAAAUUAGGGAAACCUUUCAAAAAUAUUUCAAUAUUAUUGUUUUUGAUCCCGAAAACCUUUAAAGUACAAAUUAAAUAUUUUAAAUAACAAACAAAAAAACUAUACAACUAAGUUUAUUAACUUCCGAUAUUUUCUUUUUAUCCAUUAAUUUUAAUUAUACAAAACUGAAGCUAAAAAUAUUGCUGACAUCAUUUUUCUAGAAAUAUAAUAAUGGUGUUAGAUAUAUGGGCACAUGGUACAAAAGAAAACCCAAAUAAUUUAGUAAAUAAGAAUCGUAAAGUUUUGGAUAUGUUCAAUCCUAAUCAUGUAAAAUCCAUUGCCGUCAAUAGUAAUGGAGUCCAAUCGAAUAAUGAGAAUGUAGAAGACAUUUCCUCAAUACCGUGCAAUAUUGAUACAAAUUUUGCGCGGGAUACUAAUGCUUCUAAUGUGUCUCACAUAUCAUCUAAUGGAUAUUAUGGAUAUUGUGGUAUUGUAGCGAAUACUAAUAAAACAGAUCAUUUUAUGGAUUCAGAUACAAAAAUGGAGUUUGAAUCUUGUUUUGAAAACAAGCAAUCGGAACGUAAAAAACGUGGUUUUACUGAAGAGCUCCCAGAAGAAUAUGACAGCAAGAGAUUAAAGCACGACGAUGAAAUAUAUGACAAUUUUCGUCAAGUAUCGUUUGAUCCCAAUGCUACAUCAAUCGCUUUUACUAAUACAACGGACAAUCAGAAUCUUAAUGAAGAAAGAAAUUCUACACAAAUGGAUUUGGACCUGAUUCAAACAAAUGAUUCAGAAGUAUCAUUGAUAAAUAAAGUUGAAAAUACAAACCAACUUAUACAUUUAAAACAAAAUUCAUUAUUUGAAUAUAGUUUGCAGGAAAAUAUUAAAAAUGAUAACAAAAUAAAUAAAUCUAAUGAAAAUAAAAGAAACAUCUCAUACUAUAAAUACAAUAAAAAUAAUUUUAAGCAAUUAAAUAAUACAGAGAAUUUAUUAGAAAAUUUAUUUAUGUUAACGCACGGUGGUAGUAAUUAUCAAAUUUGGCAACAUUAUGAUGUUAAUAUAGAUAUAUAGUAACUUUGAUAAUUCUAAAUUAAAAACAAAAUUUUAAUAAAUCGAAUUAGUUUUGUAAUAUAAAUUUAAAUUUUUAUUUUUUAAAUAUUUACUUGCAUUAUUGUAUAAAUGUUG